CGAUGACACUCUAAAGAUGAAAUCAAGUUUACAUUAGCAGUAUCUUAAGGAUUUAAAGGUUUGGUCAAAAAGAUGGAACCAGCAUCGAAAAAAAUAAAGAUGGCAAAAUCUCCAAUAAAAUGUGGUGUAUGUGGAAAAUCUUUUUCACAAAAGCAAGGUUUAUCUCGCCAUAAAAGGACUGCUCACUCGAAAGAGAAACUUGAAUGCAGAUCAUGUAGUAUAUCGUUUAAUAGACGAGACAACUAUUUACGUCACACGAAGAGACACGAAUUCCAACAAAUUGGAGGUGGUAGCACAGAAGCUAAUACAGAUAAGGAAAACGAGUCGGAACCUUGUAAUUUCAAAGCUCUUAAUGGGACCGUAGAAACACAUAUCUUCGAAGCGAAAGGAUUGAAUAAAUUUGAUCCGAUGACAUUUUUGAAGAGUCAGUAUGACGAUGUAAAAGAAAUCAUCAAAUUUAAAAUUAAAGAAAGGGGUGGUAUGAAAUGGUACUUAUCAAUGAAAGUGAAAAUGAGCCGACGAAAAGGAGACGACGUAGAAACUGCAGAACCUCAUUUCCGGGGGAGAUGCCAGACCAGUUUAAAAUUGGAGGAUAUCGAUGCUGGAUUAAAGGAAUCUAUCAAAAAGAUGUAUACAUCUUUCAUUGAAUAUCAGCGACAAGGAAGUAAUUGGACAGUGGAUAAAGUGAUGAAUUUGACCAUACACAUGGCACGCUACAGACCCUUAAAAGGCUCAAGUUAUAUUCCACUUCCAAUCAAACUCAGAUCUAAACAUGCCAUAGUCAAUGUGAAAAACAAAGAUAGCAAAUGUUUCAUGUGGUCGAUUUUGGCAGCAAUUUACCCAGCGAAACGUGACGGAGAGCGAGUUUGGAAAUACAAGGAACACACUUCAAGCUUAAACUUUGAUACCAUCAUGUUUCCUGUGAAAUUAGCCGACAUACCCAAGUUCGAAAAGCAGAACACAAUAUCUCUUAACGUGUUUGGAUUCAACAAAGGCGAGAUAUUCCCGAUACACAUCUCGAAACAUCAGUAUGCACAACAUGUUAAUCUACUCAUGAUAUCGGACAACAAAAAGUCACAUUUCUGCUGGAUAAAAGAUCUUAAUCGGUUGUUAGGUGACCAGCACACACAUCACGGACGACAUUUUUACUACCCAUACUGCUUGCAUGGAUUUACCAAAGAAAGAAUAUAUAGCAACCACUAACCAUACUGCCAAACCCACGGACCACAGAAAAUUGAACUCCCAACAGAAGAAAACAAGUGGUUACAUUACAAAGAUAUUCGGAGACAACUUAGGUACCAUACAUUAUUUAUGCAGAUUUUGAAUGUCUUCAAGAACCAAUCAUAGAUAGCAACGAGUGUGAUCAAAAGACGAAAAAGACUACGAAACAUGUACCAUGUGGCUUUGCAUACAAAGUGGCAGGUCUUACACCUGAAACAUCAAAUGAACCAGUAGUUUAUCGGGGUGCUGAUGCUGCUGAUAAAUUUGUGGAGUGUAUGGUACAAGAACAAGAUAAUAUAGAACAGAAAUUCAAGCAUUGCGAACCCAUGAUCAUGACUGGGAGUGAUUGGCAAUCCUUUAAGAAGGCAACCAUGUGUCACAUAUGUAAAAAAGAACUAGCGGACAGUAGAGUACGAGAUCAUUGUCACGUGACCGGAAAAUUUAGAGGAGCGGCUCAUAAUGACUGUAAUAUCAAUUAUAAGUUUACAGGUCGAAUUCCAGUUGUUUUUCAUAACCUUAGAGGAUACGAUAGUCAUUUAAUCAUGCAAGCUAUUGGAAAAGUUGAAGGGAAAAAGCUGAAUUGUAUCGCUAAUAAUAUGGAAAAGUAUAUUUCUUUUUCAUUAGGAGGUAUGGAUUUAAUAGACUCGCUACAGUUUAUGUCUUCCUCAUUACAAAAGCUCGUGGAAAACCUGGCAAAAGAAGGUUCGAGUAAAUUUAGACAUAUGACAAGCCACUUUGGAGAAGAACAGAUAAGUCUACUUCUACGAAAACAAGUAUACCCAUACGAAUAUUUUGAUUCCGAGGCAAAGUUUGUGGAAACUCAACUACCACCGAUUGAAGAUUUUUAUAGUACACUAUCGGGAGAAGGUAUAACCACACUGGACUAUGCGCAUGCACAACAGGUAUGGCAAUUGUUCAACAUACAGAAUCUCGGACAGUACCACGAUCUAUACGUUCUUAUCAGAUGUCCUUGCAUUAUCCGACGUUUUUGAAAAUUUCAGGGAGAUCUGUCUCAACUACUAUGGACUGGAUGCUGCACAUUUCUAUACCUCGCCCGGUUUAGCCUGGCAAGCUGCCUUGAAAAUGACAGGUGUGAAUUUAGAAUUACUCACUGACGUAGAUAUGCAUUUGUUUAUAGAGAAAGGUUUAAGAGGGGGAAUAUCAACGAUAUCCCAGCGUCAUGCUAAAGCUAACAAUAAAGAUGUUCCAAAUUACGACGAAAAUGAACCAAAUAGCCAUGUGAUGUACUUAGAUGCCAACAACUUAUACGGAUGGGCCAUGUCUCAGGCUCUUCCUGUUAAAGACUUCAAAUGGCUAGACGAUUGUGAAAUUGAAAACCUUCGUAUAAAUGACAUUGCAGAUGAGAAUGAAAAUGGUUAUAUACUAGAAGUUGACCUAGACUAUCCAAUGGAACUGCACGAUGACCACAGCGAAUAUCCACUCGCUCCCGAAAAGUUGAAGGUUACAGAUGAAAUGUUAUCGCCCUAUGCGAAAAAGCUAUUGGAAGAUUUAGAUUUAAAAGGAACGUCGACAGAAAAAUUGAUACCGAAUUUAUAUCCAAAGGAAAAAUACGUGGUACAUUAUAGAAAUUUGAAACUCUACUUAUCUCUUGGAAUGAGACUUACCAAGAUUCAUAGGGUACUCGCGUUUGAACAACGACCCUGGCUAAAAAAAUAUAUCGAUUUUAACACAGAGAAAAGAAAACUUGCAAAGAAUGAGUUUGAGAAGGACUUUUUUAAACUCAUGAAUAAUGCAGUCUUUGGAAAAACAAUGGAAAAUUUAAGGAAAAGAACAGAUAUAAAGCUUUUGAGUGAUCAGUCUAAAGCAAGAAAACUUAUCAGCAAACCAACUUUCCAUGCUUACAAAAUAUUCAACGAAAACUUGGUGGCAGUUCACAUGCUGAAACAACGAUUAUACUUGAACAGACCCAUUUACGUUGGCUUCGCUAUACUCGAUUUGUCAAAGACACUAAUGUAUGACUUUCAUUAUAACUAUAUGAAGAACAAAUAUGGACCCAAGGCAAAACUUUUAUUUACCGACACAGACUCAUUAUGCUACACCGUUAGCACUAAUGAUAUAUAUCAGGAUAUGAUGGAGGAAAAUCACUUGUUCGAUACAUCAGAAUAUGACCCAAAUCAUCCACUACAUAGCACAUUGAAUAAGAAGGUGUUAGGAAAGAUGAAGGAUGAAACACAUGGUAUUCCCAUACAGGAAUUUGUCGGUCUCAAGUCUAAGAUGUACUCAUUGAUAUAUGAGGAGAAUAAACAACUCUGCGAGAAGAAGACAGCAAAAGGUAUAAAGAAGAGUGUGAUCGAACAUGAUACAAGACAUGAACAUUAUAAACAAUGUCUGUUCAAUAAAGAAAUCCACAUGUCUACCAUGACACAGAUCCGUUCAUAUGACCACAAGUUAUAUAAUAUAUCCAUCAACAAACUGGGCUUAUCCCCUUAUGAUGACAAAAGAUACUUACUAGAUGAUGGGAUACAAAGUUUAGCCUAUGGACAUUGGAGAAUAUAAUUAGGAUGAAGGUCAAUAUUCUAAUCACUUUGUUUCUAUCAUUUGACGAUAGAGGACGUGUUUUAAGAGCUCUCUAAGAUGUCAGAUACCUGUCCGGAUUGUGGCACGGAAUUUUCGAGAAAAGAUGCUAUGUUGAGACAUUAUAGGAAAAAACACAAAACAAAUCAACCAUAUCCACCGAGCAGUCAUGCGUAUCCACCACCGCCACCACCACCACCACCGCCGCCACCACCACCGCCGCCGCCGCCACCACCGCCGCCAAAGAAUGUGAUACUACAUCAUCCGUUCACUAUGAUGCUGGCUGGACCUACUGGUUCAGGUAAGACGUUUUGGAUGAAAACAUUAUUGGAGAGAGCGCGGAGUAUGAUAACACCAUCACCAGAGAGGAUAAUAUGGUGUUAUAAACGAUGGCAGCCAUUAUUUAGUGAAAUGCAACAGACCAUUAAAAACAUUUUGUUUGUUCAAGGUUUACCUGAAAAUUUGAAUGAUGACUCAUUCAUAGACUCUAGAUUUCCAAGUUUAAUCAUCCUAGACGAUUUAAUGAGAGACGUCAC